UCGAGAUGUUCACAGGCGUCCAGGACUGACUGCCCCAGUGUCUUGUGUUUGCCGCAUUGUCCAGGGUCCUGGAGCAUCAAAGCCCUAGAGCUUGUUCUUUCAGCAUGGCCUGGCUGAGAGUUUGCCUUCUUGCUUUGGUGGGCGUGGUGAAAUCUGUUGACCUUGCCUGCACAGAUGCCGAGCCACAGUCACCCAGGGAUGUGACUCCAGGCUACACUGGAAUCCUGGCGACUAGGUACGAGCCUUACGGCGAGGAGGAGCGGCGGAACUUUCUGCAGGCAAACCUCCAUUUCCACUUGGGUGCCGAGCACAAGAACGACGGCGAGUACGACCAAGCUCCUCCAGCGGGAGAUCUUGCGAGCACGGUCGCUCCAGGUCUCUUCUGCAAAACCGAUGGCCUUUCGCCUGCGGAGAAGCAACCUUACAACUUCCAGCAUUGUAAGAAUGUCUCCGUGGGCCUCACCUAUGAGUUCCAUUGGGUCUUCUCGAGCGGUGCUCCGGGCCAAUUGGCGGACGACGGCAGUGAGGGCGAGCUCGGGAUCGCUGAUGGUUUGGGCGGUGCCUUUGCUCGUACCGUCAAUGCGGACGUCAUUGUGCGUGGCCAGGUGUGCCUCAUCUAUAACAACGCCUCCCUCGACACUGCUGCCAAGAUUGAGGCAGACUAUGCGGACUUCCUCACGAAGUGGCGCCCGCCGCCAGCUGGCCAGGCAGUGAAGUAUGUGGGAUCCACCACCGGCUCAAGCUACAACGACAAUGUUUGCUCGCCGGCCGAGGUGAACUGGCACGUAGACUUGAAGUGCUGCAAGUUGUCAGCUCAGGCCUUUGACAGAACCUGCCAGGCAAUGUACGAUGAGGGUUUGCGCGAGGACCUUAAGCCCAAGGGCUCGCGCCCACCGGUGGACAGGAGGUGGGUGGCAGACGUGACCUUUCCGCUGCAGCCUGUUUGCGAGAUUCCAGUUCGUGAAGGAAAUACGAACUGAUGGGCUUGUCCAAGCCACCAUGAGAUCACUGGCAGGUCCUCUCCGAUCAGCAAGUGCACUGAUGUGACCUCAGUCCUUGCCACAUUGACCAGCCCACCUUCGGAUCGCACAUUUUUGUGCGUGCCAAUGGGCACGCUAGACUCUUGACCAUUCUCGACCACUUGAUGACAUUUCAAGACUUGUAGCUACUAUCCGUGGCUCGAAUCGUUUUGUAUAGCUUUGCAGUCUGACACUUCGCCUGUGGCGUAAACCGUCAGACUGGUGAUGGCAAGGAGAACGAGCCAGCAUGCUUGAAAG